GAGAAGGUGAACAUCACAAGGAAGGAACCAAUUGAUGGAAGAAAAGAAAAGCAAGAAGAGACAAAGAAGGAUACUGCGCAGAAACCGGAUACUGAACAGAAAACCAAAGUGCCAGACUCUGUUAAACCCAAUCCCAGCAUCCUUUCAAGCCCCAUUCUGAACCUGACUGUACCCUCUUCUGCCGCCAUCAGCAAUGGCAAGCGUAGCCCUUGUAAUUCCCUACAACAGCAGUUACCUCCAUUACAGCAGCCCAGUCCCCGACAUGUGUCCAGAGAGGUUCCUCCACGCUUCCAACAGCAGGAGCAUAGGCAGCUACUGAAGAGGGGUCAACCUUUACCUACAGGCGCUCUGAACCCGACCUCUGCUUGCACUCAGUCCGGGGUCAUCUCCCCUCCCGAGACGCCCACCAGCAAACGGCACACGGGACUUCCCCCUCAAAGUGGACAGGGAGACCAGCAUGAGAAUUGUCUUUGGAGCAUCCCAGUCAACAAAAGCAACAGCAGAAACCGGGAUAAAGUGAUUAUUAACUGUAACAAUACCAAAACUUGGCCUUCCAAUACAUACGGCAAGAUACCAGAAUGCACCUUGGAUGCUGAACGCACAUCAGAGGUUGUCAGCAACAGUAGCAGCACUAUUAUGGCUACAGGAACUAGCCAGCAGGGUCAUUACCCAAUCAGCAAAGCCAGCAUUAAUCUAUCUUCUUGCAGUGUCUCUAGUCAAAGUGGCCCUACCAGGGGCUGGGUCUUAGAGGAAAAGAUUGACUUGUCCAUGGGCAGUAGAGGGCAGUCCAACUGGGGUGCCUCUAAUCUGAACCUAAAUCCUAGUGCCAACCCUGCUGCUUGGCCAGCUCUUGGACAUGAGGGAGCUGGGGUAGGAUCAGGCCCAAGUAGCAUGGUUUGCUCAAAUCCACUUUCGCUUAGUAUGUGUGGCCAAGGAGGAGUGGCACCACCUCACGGCACUAAUGGAAAUGGUAGCAUUGGUUGUGUCAGUGGAAACCUUGUAGGGGACUGUGCAUGGGGCAGCCCGGAUAUCCCAGAACAGCAUCAGUCACCCACAAAUGUAUCUUUCAACAUGAAACCUCCUAACCUUAAAACUGAAGGACCAAAUAACACUAAACCAGAGCCAAUGAGUCCAGUGAACAGCUGGAGAGAAAAUCGUAGUCAGUCACCUACUGAGCCUGCCAGUGAAGAUGGAACUGCCUUCUGGGGCAACGGAGAUGCCAAAAAGGGAGACUCAAAGGACUCAGGCUGGGAUUCUGCAGGCGUCUCCUCUUGGGGGCAAGGAGGAGCUAGCAGUAGUGGCGGCUGGGGUGAAUGGGGCAAGCAACCAAGCACUGAAGGUACGGGAUGGAAUGUUAAUGAUGGUCCUUCGCAGGAACAUAUGAGUUCCUGGGGCCCUGAUACUCCAGCUAGUGAGCGCAGCAGGGAUAGUAGUGAGGGCCACCCAAGAAGAAGAGAGAGGUCCUCAAGUGAUGAUUUGGCCACUUUGCUCCCGAGACAGGACUUGGACCCACGUGUCCUUUGUAACACAGGCUGGGGACAGACACCAGUUCGCCAGAACACUGUUUGGGAAAUGGAAGAAAGUCCAGACAAAAAGAAUGUUGCAGGGAAAGAGGUCUGGGGGUCUUCCUCCAACACAUCUUCAACUGGACCUGCACCACCUCCUUCUGGAUGUGCCAGUCCCAACCUCAGAGCACCUCCUAGAAUGGAGACAAGCAAGAGUGAGGGACCUUGCAGAGCUAUGCCAAAUGCAGGCUGGGUAGAAUCAGUCCCAGUCUCUGCUCAGCCUCAGCUCAACAGUGGAUGGGAGGAACCACCUGCAAAUAAAAAGGUUCCUAAUGGAUCCGUAUGUGGCUGGGGUGAUCGUAUUGCUGAAGUUCCCAAUACCAAUGGCUGUAAUAGCCAAUCUUGGCCUGAAGAAAAGUCCAAUAGCUGGGAUGAUGGUACUUCUCAGACGAAAAAACAAGGUUGGGGUGAUGGAAACAAAACUUCCUCAGGAUGGGGAAGUACUGGCAAUGGGAAUAGUGGAGAGUGGAGUGACCCUUCAGAAGUGCAGAAGAACGGCUCUGGAAGUUCCUCUUGGGAACCUGACAAAAGAAACUGGAAAGAAACCCAUAGAGAAUGGGGUAAAGCAGCACCAGCACAGUGUGGUAGUUGGGGUGAUGCCCAACAUUCCAAUGGUUCAACACAAGUUUGGGGUGGAAAACUUCAGACAUCCACAUCUGGCAACGGUGGAGCUGGAGGCAUAGGGUCAUGGGGUGGUCCAAAUUCUGUGAAACAGAACAACCCUAGCUGCGCAUUAGGAGGCCGACAGGAUACGGGAGAUGAGACCACAGGCUGGGAAGAUCCUUCUCCUUCUUCUAUUCGUCGCAAAAUGGAAAUUGAUGAUGGGACCUCCACCUGGGGUGACCCCAGUGCUUACAGUAAUAGUGUAAACAUGUGGGACAGGAAUAACUCCCAAAAUCAUCCGGGAACCGGCAACAGUGAUAGCCUCACUGGUUCAAACAAUAAUAGCAAUCCCCACCAACAUCACAGCCAAGGUCCUUCUCAGAACCAUGUCAAUGGUAGCAACAACAAUGGCUCACCAAAUCAAGGUGAAUCUCCUCUCAACAGAAUGUUCAUAGUAAACCCUGGCUGGGGAGAGCUCCCUAAUGUACAGCCAAACACAGAACCCACUUCAUGGGGUGAGCCAGCCAAUUCUAACACUUCUGAGGACAAUGGAACUUCAGCUUGGGGCCAGCCCUCUAGGGGCUGUGGGGGAUUGGGUGAAGGUGGCCAUGACUCCAAUGGACCUUAUGGCAGAGGAAAUGCACUUGUUGGAUCAGGCUCCUGUCAGGAAUGUCCCAAAUCUAUGCAAGAUCACUGGGGAUCAGGAGGGGAAGAGAUUGGCAUGAAUACUGGCAAAUGGGAUGCUGAUGAUGCUGAUAUGUGGAGCAUUCCUACAUCCCAAGACUCCACUUGUAACUCCUGGGGUCAAUCCAAGACGGGCCCACAAAGGGGCAAGGUCUCCAACAAGCAGGAUGAUGUUUGGAUUAUGACCAGACUUAUCAAGCAGCUUACAGAUAUGGGGUUUCCAAAGGAUCCUGCAGAAGAAGCCCUAAAAAGAAACAAUAUGAAUCUGGAUCAGGCCAUGAGCGCUUUGUUGGAGAAGAAACGUGAACUGGACAAAUGGGGGAUGGGCAUGUCAGACUACAGUAAUGGAAUGAAGUCCAUAGUGUGCCGACCCACAAACCUCUCCAAAGACCCCUCACUGGAUCGUUCCCCCUUCUUGGACAAGGAUGGAAGGCUGUCAGAUGAUGCUUCAUCUUCACCGUUUACGCCUUCUCCUGGCCUCAAGCUCCCACUGGCCAAUAGCAGCCUCCCUAACCAUGGAUUGGGUGGAAUCUCCUCUGGCUUGUCCAUGCAAAACUUGAACAACAGACAGAUCCAAAAUGGAAUGUUCGGCACUAACGGAGCAGCACAAACUCGGGUCAUGCAGCAGCAGGCCCCGCCCUCUCAGCCACCAGUGCCACCACUUAGCUCCGCCCAGCCUAAUCUACGUGCUCAAGUGCCUCAGCUUUUCACCCCUCAGGUUCAAGCACAGCUCUUACAGUUUGCGGCAAAAAACAUUGGACUGAAUCCUGCACUUUUAACCUCACCAAUAAAUCCUCAGCAAAUGACCCUGCUGUACCAACUACAACAACUGCAAGUGGCGUAUCAGCGUUUGCAGAUUCAGCAGCAAAUGAUGCAGGCUCAGCGUAAUGUCUCUGGUCCCAUCAAACAACAAGAGCAGCAAGUUGCACGUACAAUCACAAACAUGCAGCAGCAGAUCCAGCAGCACCAGCGUCAGCUGGCCCAGGCCCUGCUUAUGAAACAGCAGCAGCCUCCAUCUUCCUCUCACACUGGCCUGUACCCAAACCUUGGCAAGGCCAGCCUGGAUACUUUUAUGGGUCACCCUCAGACUUCAGGCCUCUCCGUCUCAGACCUGCAGACCAAAGAGCAGCAGUCUUCUCCAAACUCCUUCAGCCCUUAUACACUCUCUGGUUUGAACCCGAACAUGAAUGUAAACUGUAUGGAGGUGGGAAGUCUAUCUCUUAAAGACCCCCCUCAGCCUCAGUCCCGGCUCUCACAGUGGACUCAUUCAAACUCCAUAGAUUCCCUGUCAGCUAGCACUCAGCACAUGGAGGCAAACCACAAUAAGCACGGUUCAAUAUCUUCUGCUCAGUCCCAUGUGCCUGUCAGAAAGAGCACCAUGGAAGAUUCCUUCAGCCCAUACAAUCUGAUGUCAAGAUCUGAAUCCCCCACCAGCACCUUGGUGUCUCCAGACAGCUGGACACAGGGCGGAAGACCCAAUGAGAAAAUAUCUAGUAACUCCAGUGUCAACUGGCCUCCUGAAUUCUGCCCUGGGGUGCCUUGGAAAGGUCUGCAGAAUGUUGACCCCGAGAAUGACCCCAACAUGACCCCAGGAAGCGUUCCAAGUGGCCCCACCAUUAACACUAGCAUACAGGAUGUGAAUCGCUACCUGUUACGUGACAGGAAUGGAGGUAAACUCUUGGAAAUGAAGUCUACUUGGUCCCCUGGACCCAUCUCCCACACACAGGCCUCUUUAUCUCAUGAGUUAUGGAAGGUUUCCCCAGGGACACGUAACUCCAGUGCUCCCUCACGUCCCCCUCCAGGUCUGACCAACACCAAGCCCUCCUCCACCUGGGGAGGGAACUCUCUUGGCCUCAGCCAGGGCUGGAACAGCUCGUACUCCUCAGAAGGAGGAACUUGGAGCACUGACAGUUCCAACAGAGGAAGCAGCUGGCUGGUGCUGAGAAACCUCACUCCUCAGAUUGAUGGCUCCACCCUGCGGACGCUGUGCAUGCAGCACGGCCCUCUCAUUACCUUCCAUCUGAACCUGACACAGGGCAUUGCUGCUGUACGUUACAGCUCCAAGGAGGAGACUGCCAAAGCCCAAAAAUCCCUGCACAUGUGUGUGCUGGGUAACACUACAAUCCUGGCAGAGUUUGCCAGUGAGGACGAUGUGAACCGCUUCUUUGCACAGGGCCAGUCCCUCACCCCCACCACCAGCUGGCAGGCCAGCCAAGCACCAGGCUCCAAUCAACCCCGGCUGUGCAACCCUGCUGCCAGCCACCCCACAGGCUUCUGGAGCAGGGGUGGAGGAGGUAGAGGUACCAAGACAGUCUGUAGUACCGGGAACAGCAACAGCGGACAUGGAGGCAACCUGCUGUGGGGCAGUGGGCCACAGUACUCCAGUUUGUGGGGUCCCCAAAAUGAAGACGAUGCCAGGGUAAUUGGCAGCCCCAUCCCAAUGAACACUCUGCUCCCGGGAGACCUGCUGAGCGGAGAGAGCAUGUAAGAUGUAUCAGACAUCAUAGACCAACAAAGUCAAGAGACCUAAUGGAUUAAAACCCAAGCAAAUCAGUGUGGCGAUAAUCACUUUCUGUGGAGCUAUAAUGGAGGUUUAAGGUGAAACAAAGCUGCAAACCUUCCACUGCUGUUUAUUUGUCCUGUUUUUAUUUUUUUUUGACGUCAGACUGUUUGUUGUGUUUGUGGAUUUUGUUCUUAGUGUUCAAAGACCUUGAGAAGCAAGAAUCAAUAGAAGCAGAAGCCUUUUGAUGCACUUUUAUUUCCAAAGGGUUUUUUGCUCAAAAGUGUAGUUCAGGAGAAGCCAUCAACGAGGCAGCCAUCUGAAAGCGACCCAGGCACAGUGAAACCUCACGACACUCUGUAACGACACUGUUCUGAUGAUUGAAAUGAUCCUGGUACUAUUUGGUUUUAAACUUUGCAGUUUCUUCAGAACUUCUAUUAGCCAUAAGUGCUCUCUCUCCAGUUCCUCCUUAAAAACUUAUUUUAUAAAACAAAACAAAAAAACUUUGUAUCUUGCACAGUUCUGUUUCUGAGCCAGCGAAUAGGCCAGAGCAAAUGAGAAGAACACUCCUAGCAGUGGCCUGUCAGCGUGACGAAUCACCAAUGAUCUUUUUUCUUCAAUUAUCUUAGUUUUACAAAAGGGAGCUGCACUGCUCUAUGAUUUCUAUUUACUCAAGCCAGUCGGUGUUUUGUUUUUUAAUAUGUGUAUGGUUAAAAAAAAAAUAAGCUGGAUUUUAAGCUUUGAUGUAGAUGAAUGAAUGUCAGUGUCUGCUGGAAUUUGACCAAGCAUCUGUGCACGAGUACAUAACCACUGUCAAAAACACUCAGUGGAGGCUUUUUUUUUUUUUUUAUACCUAAUGGACUUCAGUGCUGAAUCAAUCAGAAGUUAUACAGUUACUAUGUUAUGGAUCUGAUCUGCCAUUGUAUUGAGAGACAACCGAGACAAGAAACUAAUUCUGAUGCAUUGUGCAAUAGAAGCCAGAGACCCUUUCUUCAGUCCAAACUGAAGCUUACUGAAACUUAAGACUCCUCUUUUUUUCUCUCUCUCUCUCUCUCUCUCUGGAAGAUUUUGGAAGAAUUUAACCUCUGAACUGAUUUUCCCACCUCGCCUCUGUUUGUCUGGCUUGCUGGCGUUUCGGUAUUUGCGUGGAAAGGAGGAACUGUUAAUUGUGUUUGACGUCACUCCAUGCAUAAACUCAGCAUGUGUGGGAUAACACAGUCUCCCAGCCACUUCUUCACCGAACAGAAACGGAAUCCAGAGCGGAGGCACAUGACACGGGAAUCAGGCACAAUACCAAAUACAAUGGGUUUUUCUUAAUGCAGUAUAGAGUAAGAGAACUUAGCAUUUGGUACAAACAUAAAAUACAUCUGUGCGUUCUAUGUCUCUUCUUAAAUGGGGUAUUAUCAUAGCACUUAUUACAGUUAUGCGUAUGGUUAAAAAAAACAACAACAACAACAAAAAAACUUCUUAGGGCAACUUUUACCUUUUUUUUUUUUUUUUGUUUGUUUUUUUAACCUUACUGGUAUUCAGAAAAACAUAUUUGUCUGUACUUUUCCACCCUCUCUAUCAAAGUGAAUGUCAUUGUUACUCGAAUGAAAGUCAGAUGUCUUUAUCUGUCUGAAGAAGGCUCCCCGAUUUGGUUGGAUUUGAAAAGGAGGAUGUGUGGUGUGUUAGUGCCUCAGUGUGUGAACUGAAAGGCAAACUCUCUCCGCACACCUAGUACAAUGGAAUGCAAAAAAGGACAUUAAUGACGUCAUGAUGUGGAUGUUGUCGUCAUCCUUUAUCAUUUGCAUCCUUGUUGUAGUAAUUUGGGUACGGAUCUUCGAAUGUCUCCCCGUUCCUUCUCUGGAUAACAUCACACCUCAUGCGCCGUUACCUACUCCUUCCCUUUGCGUGGUCUUGUGUGAUGUUUUUCACUGGAGUUUGAGACUGAAUGGAAUUGCCAGUGUUGUGAACUUCAUGCAGUGAUCUUUAACUGCCUUGCAGUGCUCAUAUGCAGAUACACUUUAAAAGGGGUGCCUCUGUAUAGUUUUCCUGUGUAAGGAAUGCAAACGAAAAUCAAUGAUGUAGGCCAUAUUUGUUUUUGUUGUUAACAGUGUUCUUAGUUAAUUUAGGCCUCUUUUGUUGAUGUGCAUGUGUGACCUCACCCUGGGUUUCCCACCUCUAACUCAGCUGCUAGCAUCCUCUUUCUCUUAUGUGGCCUCAGUGAAGCCAACCCUGUAAUCGAGACAAGCCACUCAUACUUGAAAAAGCCCUGUCCGAGCAGUGUUUCUAUGGCCAGACUCUUUCUGCCACUGGUUCUUUAACUAUAGCACAUGCCAUGCAGUCACUAUGCAAAGUUAGAGAAGAUGGGCAAGUAAUGUCCGUCCUGUGCCAAUCUGUGGCUUCGAAAGAAAGUUGGAAAUAUCUCACAGUCCUCCUCCGGUAAUACUUUCUUACAUGUUGUCUGACACUAAGCCAGUUUUAUUUUUGGAGGUCUGUGUGUUAAUUCUGCUGAAUUUGAUCAAUCUCAUUUCAGUAUAAUCUCAGGGCACGACAGGAUUUGCUAAAUUUAUGUUUAUUGAAAGCCAAUCGUUUUGGAGAUUUAUCAUUAGUAAGCUUUACACAUCAAAUGAUGUGUAUGAAGCUUAUAAAGUGUACAUUAAAGAAACGCAAGAGGAUAUUUAUCAGUGGGGCAAUACAUUUAGGAGGGUGGCUAGUUUAAAUUUUCUCAAUCCCUUUGAAUAGGGACUGCUGCAGAGCCAAUAGUUUGUUUAUACAGUAAAUGGGACCUGUGUAUCUUACCUCUCUGCUGCUGGUUGUGUUGAAUUCUCCUUAUGCUCUCAUGUGCCAAUAUAUACAUAGAUAUAUGUAGAGUACACUGUGGCAUCUCUUGACUUCACCUCUUAAAUUCCAAUGUGUGUCGUUUUGUUGGUGAGCACUUCUGUUGGGUGGCACUUUGAUGAUUGUUGUGUGUUUGAGGUGGGAUUGGAUUCAAAAGGGUUGAGGAUAUUCGUCAGAUAUUUUUCACCUCAUGCUGGUUAUUUGUGAUAAAUCUUGUUACUGUCAUUGGAAGAAUCCUUAAUAACAAACAAGAACUUUAACAGCAUUGGGGAUUAUGGUAUGCUAAUGGCAUACUUUUUUGAAUACCAAAAAAUGUAAUAGCAUUUUAAUAUCUUUUUAGUAUUAUAAAUUUUUUUUUCAUACAUAUAAAAGUUUGACAAAAACACGUGAACAAUGAAGGAAAAUGAUCUAUAACAUUUAAAAAUGCACUUCUUGCUGAAAUUAUCUCCUGUUUGCUGGUCAAAUUCUGAAGGUUGACAGCAAGCUGGAGUGCCUUUUGUGUAUGCUGUAUUAACCGUUUGUUUGUAUAAAAAAAAAAAAAAAAAAAUUGGGGCCCCGACAUGUACAUUUCCAUCUCAGUAUCAGCUUGUUUUGGGCCUUUAUGCUGUAUAAACCUUUUUUUUCUUCUUCUUCUUCUUUUGGGAAAAGACAUUUCAACAGAUGUGUCUUAAGAUAAUAACAUUGUUCAUUGACUUAUUUUUUUUGUUUGUUUCUGGGUGGGGUGGGGGGUCACUGUUGCCUGUGUAUGUAACUGCCUUGUUCCUAACUCAGUUGCAGCUGGCUGACAGUGAACCACAAUGUGGCUGUAAUUCCAAACAGUCAAAGUCUCUGGUGAAACCAGCAUAGGUAGACUACAGCUAAACAUUAUCCUGUAUAUUAUCACACUUAUAAUGUAGAAAAAUGAAUCUCUGAUUCCUUCCCUUUUGAAACUACUGGGUGAAAUAUAAUUUGAAAUAAGCAAUAGACCUUGAUCCUUACAGUGUGUCAUUCAAGAGAAUUUGCCUAAAGGAAAAAAAACAACAGAGCGAUUAAUGAUAGAUAUGAACCAAAUAGUCUUAAUGGAGUAGCAUGUUGAAAAUGAAAUGACACAGGACAUACAUGCAGUAUUUGUGUAUACCUAUGUUGAAACCCAUAAUUAUGAACCAUGUUUUUGUCUCUGUGCAGAGAAUGAAAAGAAUGAAAAAUCAUAAACAUAUCAAAAGAUAUAUCUUCACCGAUACUUGAAUUAAAGUGCGCCAAUUUUAAAAUGUGAAUUUAUAUUUUGUUUGAUUUUUGUUUGGGUCUGACACUUUCAAGUUAUUUGAUAGCAUGCUCACAAGGUUAAACAUUCUUCACGAAAAAAAAAGUGAUCUUAAAAAAAAAAAAUGUGUGCUCUCUAAUCACUGCUUCUUGUCACGGGGCAACUGUCUGCAAUUAUGAUUUAUUCAGUAGGUUGUACUGUCUGUUAUUGUGUGUGCCUGUGUUUUAAAAAUUGUUCCAACAUGGUAACUAUCUAGCAUUGCACUGAGUGUCUUUGUUCCCUUGCUCAGCUAUAUAUAUAUAUAUAUAUAUAUAUAUAUAUAUAUAUAUAUAUAUAUAUAUAUAUAUAUAUAUAUAUAUAUAUAUAUAAGAAAAAGUGAAAACUGCAAGGGAGAUGACAAUUCAUGUGCUAAUGUUUACUCAAGGAUUUUAUGGAUAUUUUAUUCAUCCUAAAAUGUUUAAAACCUGUAACAUUUUAUUUUCAUAGUGGUUUUCCUGUGGAUUUAUUCCCACAAGAGUUAUCAUUUUGAAGAGUGUUCAUCAUUUCAAUUGCAUUAUAAAAAAAACAAAAACAAAAAAAUAUAUAUUUUUAAAUCUACCUGUUGUUUACAAAUGAUUCAAUUGCAAAAAAAGAAAUUGAUUACAGGAAUGCAAGGGGAAAAAAAACUUGCAAUUUGCAUCUUCCAUCAAAAAAAAAAAAAAAAAAAAAAAAAAAAAACCUUUUCAAAUGAAGGCGUAUACUACUUGCUGAACUCUGGGAUUUUUUUUCAGUGUUGCAUUGUAUUUUGCUUAUUGUUCUUGUUUGUUGCACUUAUGCCUAGAUUUCUUCAAUUUUAGUUUCUGCAAAAGCAACAUGAUUUUGUCACUGUCUUGCACACUGACAAUAGACUUGGAUAUUUCCUCAGGAUGAUUAGGGGUUCCAGUUCCAGUGUUAUGAUCAUGAGAAUUAAAAAAAAUAAAAUUGAUAAAUGAAAGAGAGAAAAAAAGAUGCUGAUGGAAAUCCAGCUCUAAGCACUGAAGGUUAUGGAUUUUUUUUUAGUAUUUUAAUCCGUAGCAGACACACAUUUACCAAAUAUUCAAUUUGUAGUGAACCUAUGUACUAUACUUUCCAUAUUAAAUAUUUUUUUAUCCGUCUCUUUAUGUGCAAAUACAGUUUUGUUUAGGUUGUGGAAGGACCUACCACUUUUUGAUUUUACCUUUCCUGAUGAUUCUUAAUGAGGUCCAGUAAAAGAUGCUUGAUAUUCCAUCCUCUUGUCUUUACUUGUUUUAAAAAUUCAGUAGGGGACUGUAUACAAAGGCCUGUGAAUUGCAGAUCCACACACACAAUUUUAAUUCUUACUAGAUUUUCUUACAAGGUUUCGAGUGUGGAAUUGAAUUCCAUCUAGGUUUAACACUAGAUGCAGAAAUAAGAUGUUGUAAAAGGAUUAAGAAUCUGCACAAGUUUGAGGGGACAGUAUGUCCGGACACGCUAUUCUUACAAGGAUACAAGGAUCUUUUUGGUGGGGUGGGUAAAGGGGAUGACUGGCGGGGAUUUAAAGUUUCUAAAGUUUAAGAGUUUUUGAAUCAGCAGAUAUUAAAAUGUCAGCACCAUGCUCUUUGUCUCUUAACCAAGGAGCAUCAUCAUCAACCAAGCACUGGGUUUAUGCAAAUCUCUUGACAUUCUUGGUGUUUAAAUGGAAAUGAUGCUUUGUGAAUUUAACUUUCUCUUUAUUGUUCAGAUAUUAAGAACAUGACUGUAAUGAGAUUUAACAAUGUUGCUGGCUUUUAAAUGUUUUUUUUUUUUUUCAUUCUUUUUUCCCUUGCCUUUAAAAUGGAUCGUUGACACACAAAUGAAAAUCAUGUCAUCGUUUACUUACCCUCAAAUAGUUCCAAAUCUGUUUCUGUUUGAGUUUCUUUCUUCUGGUGAAUACAAAAGAAUAUUUUUAGAAAAAUGUUGGGAACCAAACAGUUGCUGGUAGUAUUGUCUUCUACAGUUCUUUUUUUUCUUCUUCUUCUACACUCGCUAUACAAUAGAGAACAAUGGCUACCAACAGCUGUUUGGUUAUCAACAUUCUUCAAAAUAUGUUCUGCAUUCAACAGAAGAAAGAAAUUCCUACAGGUUUGGAACAGCAUGAACGAUAACAUUUUCAUUUUUGUGUGAAAUAUCCUUUUAAUAGUAUGUGAUCAUUGAGGAAGUAUUUCCAUGUGGUAUGGAGAUUAUUUCAGCUUAUAUUAAUAAACAGCAUUUUCCUCUUGA